AUGCAGCCAUUUUCGGAUCCUAUUCCUGAUGAAGACAACUUUGAGCAUGAUGGAGAUGGAGGUUGGCCUUUCCAUAAUUUUGUCGAACAACUCAUUGUUGAUAUGUUUGAUCCUGGUAAGCUCUUGUGUAUUCUUUUCUGCAAUUUUGAUCUUCCAGUAUUAUUUUUACUGAAUAAGAGUUUCUCUGAUUAUAUGUUGUCAGUUUGGGAGGUACACCAUGGUAGUGUCAUGGCUCUAAGAGAAAUUUUAACCCAUCAGGGUGCUUGUGCGGGAGUUUAUAUGCUUGACCUGAGUUCUGAUGAUCCAUUUUCUAAAACAAAAGAUAAAGGUCUUGAAGUGACAGUGAAGAGAGAAAGAGAAAUUGAUUUUAAUAUGCAAGUGCCAGCAGAUGAGAUUGAGCCAAACCUGAAGAGGCCAAAGGUUGAAGAUUCAUGGUCUCCAUUAACGGUUACAAGUACAAUAAUCUCUGCCAGUGGGGAUGAUAAGUUUGAUGCCUGUGUAAAGGUUGAAGAUAGUGAAAGGAAUUUGUCUGCUGCACCAACUAAUGGUGAACUUAAUUUUAGUUCUGUUAAGAUAGAGCCUCAAUCAUGCACUGAUGGUCAUGAAGAUCCGGCUAUGGCUGAGGCAAAGGGUUCCUGUGAAGAUAAUUGUUCAAUGGGGAAGAUGAAUACACUGAAAAGUCUUCCUGAAAAUUGUGUGCUGAUGAACUUGGUUAAAGUGACUAGUUUUGGAGACUAUGUCUCUGAUCAGGUUGUUGCUCCAAUACGAGAAACUUGUGCACAAGCAUUAGGUGCUUGUAGACCAGAAUGGGAAGUUCGACAUGGGAGUCUUUUGGGUACCAAAUAUUUGGUUGCUGUGCGACAGGUCCCACACGGGACCCACAUGGUGUAG